AUGGGCUGUGGCGCGACAAUCCUACAACGAUACGGGGCUUUCAACUAUAGCUUCAACACGGACGAAGUUCAUGAUAAGCACGGACAGAUCAUUUCUCCCGGCGACCACAUCUUUGUCAAAAUUCGUGGAGGCCGACAUGAAGGCGAGGUUGAUAAGAUCGUCAGAACCGAGGGAGAAGCUGAACAGGAGGGAGUGAAACAUCCACCUAAGGUCGUGUUCCAUGAUCAACGCGGAAAAAAGGUUGCGCAUAACCCAGGCACCUUGGAAAAGGUCGACGGUUGA